CGGGACGGAGGCAGCAUGCAGCAGCAGCAGCAGCUUCCGAAGCGGGGAGGAUCGAUCGAGGGGGCGGAGGGCGAGCCCUCGGCGUCGACGGCGGAGAACGUCGAGCGGCUACUCGGAGUUGGUCGGCGCCUCGCACAGGCAGACAGUGAAUCGACAGCUGCUCGCCGCGCAUCGGAGUCGUCGUGCGUCCCGAUGGAGCCGCGGAUCGUCCGCAAGGACGCGAACGGCCGCCACGCGAACGGCCACGGGCCGCACCGCGAGGCCGCCGCCGCCACUGAGGGCCGCUGCGCCCGUUUCUUUCAUCGAUUCCGCCUCGAGGUUGCCUUUUACAAAUUGGGACGUCUGAUCGGCGCACAUCCCGUGCUUGUCUUGGUCGCCUCGGUGGCCCUGUGCGGCGUCACGAGCAUUGGCCUAAUGUUCUGGCGGCAACAACUCAACGACUUGGAGCUUUUUCUUCCCGAGGACUCGCCAAUCCGGCGCGACGCCGCCUGGGUCGACAAGUGGUUCUCCGAAGAAAUGAUCUUCGAGUCUGUCAUCGUCAUAGCAGACAACGUGCUGGACCAGGAGGUCAUUCGCACGAUGGCAGAGCUGCACCAAGAUGUACGCAACAUCAACGUGACCAGCGGUGUCACCUGGGACGACUUGUGCGCCAGAGUCCUGGCGUGGAUGGAUGUCGAGGCUGAUGCCGAAGUUGUAGAGCUGGUGAACCAGUACAACAAGCACGGCAACGUGUGCAUUCAAGAGUCCAUCUUAGCCUUGUGGGCCAACGCGUCCGCCGCGGCUGCUGCAACCCAGGAGGAAAUCUACCAAAUGUUUACCAACGCCCUCCUAAACCCAAACUCUGGGGGAACGAGUGCGUUUAAGGGGGUGCGCCACCUGCUGUCCGGAGUGACGUAUUCCGAGGACGGCAACGUCACCGGCGCCACCGCCACUAUCCUAACCUACUCGCUCAAAAAGAACCUUGAAAAAUCCAAACAAUCAACGCUUUUUAUUCAGGGCAACGCGGACGCGUUGGAGUGGGAGGAGGAGUUCAUGAGAGUGGUCCACUCGACGAACCGGACUCUGCCUCCGUCCGUGGAAAUUCUGGCACUGGCCAACCGCAGCUAUAAUGACGCGCUGCAAGAAGUGCUUGACAGCAACCUGACUGUGCUCUUCUCAGGAUUCUCCUUGAUUGUGGUGUACGUGGUGGCGAUGAUGGGCCGAGCAAACCGGCUGGAGAACCGCGUGUACCUGGCGCUUUCAGGCGGGCUGACGGUGCCCAUGGCGAUCGCAGCCUCUUUCGGAUUCUGCUUCUCGCUCAAGUACUUCUAUGGGCCGAUCCACCCGAUCCUGCCCUUCUUACUGCUCGGCGUCGGCGUUGACGACAUGUUCAUCAUCGUGCAGGCGCUCGACGACCUCACACCUGCCGAGAAGGAGUUGUCCGUGCCCGAGAGGGUGGGACGCGCCCUCCGGCACGCCGGCACCUCCGUCACCGUCACAUCGCUCACCAACAUCGUCGCUUUCGCCGUCGGCGCCAACACGAAAAUGCCAACGUUCAAGUCGUUCUGCUUCUUCGCCUCGAUGGGCAUCCUCUUUCUCUACAUCUUCGUGCUGACCUUUUUCGUCAGCUGCGUUACGCUGGACGAACGGCGGCGCAAGGCGAACCGCGACGGCUGCAUGCCGUGGGUCGUCCGCGAGGAGUUCAGCACCAACGAGUGUAGCCAACACGACCACCAGAAGGCCUUUUUCCAUCGCAUCUACUCGCCCUGCCUCAUGAAAACCCCCGUCAAGGUGAUUGUGAUCCUGCUGACCUUGACCCUGGUGGGCUUCAACGCGUACAGCGCCUUCCAGGUGGAGCAGAAAUUUGACCCCGUUCUCUACCUGCGCAACGACUCGUACCCGCGGCAGUUCCAGGAGGCGCUGAAACGCCACUUCCCCAAGCUCGGCAACCGAGGCGGCGUCUACAUAGGUCAGAUCGAUUACUUUGAGCAUCAAGACGCCCUCCUAGACCUGGCAAAAUCGCUACAGCAGAAUCCGUAUAUCAACUCGGACAACUUUGGCUUCUGGCUGAUCGAUUUUGUCAAAUUCAUGGAGAACAGGAAAGAUGAACCACUGGACUUUAACGAGUUCCGCGGCUACCUGGCCGAAUUUCUUUACACAACAGACCAAGGAUAUCCACACAUCAAAGAUGUAAAAAUUCGUGGUUUUCCCUUCGGUGAAUAUGAGAUUUUGGCCACGCGCAUUCCCAUCAGGCACGUGCUUUUGAACGGCGCGUGGCAGCAGGCGCAGGCCAUGGAGUCUGUGCACAAAGAACUGGAAGCGGCGCCCUUCGCCAAAGACACCGUCGCCUAUGCCAAAGAGUACGUCAGUUGGACGGCAAAUCAAAUUAUCGGUGAAGAGCUGCUCAGGAACUUCGCAUUCACCUUAACGGCUGUGUCGUUAGUGACAGUGAUUCUAAUCCGUGACCUGGUAACGUCGGCGUCAGUGAUAGCGUGCGUUGUGUGCACGCUGGUUGGCCUGGUCGGCUCGAUGGUGCUGUUCGGGCUGACCGUGGAGAUCACGACGUCGAUCGUGGUGACGCUAUGCGUCGGCCUGGCCGUCGACUACUCGGCCCACGUGGGCCACAAGUUUGCCACCCUGAAAGGCAGCCGCGAGCAGCGCGCCAGGGACACCCUAGAGCUAGUCGGGCCGCCCGUCUUCAACGGCGGCUUCAGCACUUUCCUCGCCUUUGUCGUCCUCGUCUUCAGUGACUCCUUCAUCUUCACCACCUUCUUCAAGCUGUUCUUCAGUGUUGUGGUGUAUGGGCUUUUUCACGGGCUGGUGUUUCUGCCCGUCGUGCUCAGCAUAUUGGGCCCCAGUGACUCAUCGGGACCCUCAGACCAAGUCUAUACAGUUCCUGUACAAAACGGCUCCGCCCACCUCGAAUUAAAAGUUGGAAAUCGGCGGCGGCGCGAGACCGAAGAGCUCCAGAGGCAGCCGCUGGCGGACACUCUGCCCUGAGAAGCACAACCUGAGUGAUGCUCUCGAAUGAUCGUGCUAGUCCCUGCCAAGAUAUUCCUUCUGAUUUUUUGAUCUCUCUACGACAUCACCAUGAUGAUAUUGACGCGCUGUAUUUAUGUGCAGAAUAUAUAUACACACACACACAAGUUUAUAUUAUAAUUUGUAUUCAGUAAGUUUAUGGCAUUAUCGUUAUUUUGUGAACUCGCCGUGUUUCGUAAUAAAAAGUAAUCUCCACAG